AUGCUCUGCCUCACCGCCUCCUCCUCGCCCUCGCCCUCGCCCUCUCUCCCGCCGCGCCCCUCCCGUCCCGCUGCUGACCGGCCCGGACCGGGGAUCUCGGGCGGCGGCAAUGUGCGGCUGAGCGCGGUGCCCGCGCCGUCUUCGCUUCGCUGGUCGUGGCCGCGGAAGGCCAAGAGCAAGUUCUCUGUUCCCGUGUCUGCGCCAAGAGACUACACCAUGGCAACAGCUGAAGAUGGCUUCGGCGACCUUCCGAUAUACGAUCUGGAUCCCAAGUUCGCCGGCUUCAAGGACCACUUCAGUUACAGGAUGAAAAAGUAUCUUGAACAGAAACAUUCGAUCGAGAAAUACGAGGGGGGCCUUGAAGAGUUCUCUAAAGGCUACUUGAAGUUUGGGAUCAACACAGAAAAUGACGCAACUGUGUACCGGGAAUGGGCCCCUGCAGCAAAGGAUGCACAACUUAUUGGUGACUUCAACAACUGGAAUGGCUCUGGGCACAGGAUGACAAAGGAUAAUUUUGGUGUUUGGUCAAUCAGGAUUUCCCAUGUCAAUGGGAAACCUGCCAUCCCCCAUAAUUCCAAGGUUAAAUUUCGAUUUCACCGUGGAGAUGGACUAUGGGUCGAUCGGGUUCCUGCAUGGAUUCGUUAUGCAACUUUUGAUGCCUCUAAAUUUGGAGCUCCAUAUGACGGUGUUCACUGGGAUCCACCAACUGGUGAAAGGUAUGUGUUUAAGCAUCCUCGGCCUCGAAAGCCUGACGCUCCACGUAUUUACGAGGCUCAUGUGGGGAUGAGUGGUGAAAAGCCUGAAGUAAGCACAUACAGAGAAUUUGCAGACAAUGUGUUACCGCGCAUAAAGGCAAACAACUACAACACAGUUCAGCUGAUGGCAAUCAUGGAACAUUCAUAUUAUGCUUCUUUUGGAUACCAUGUGACGAAUUUCUUCGCAGUUAGCAGCAGAUCAGGAACACCAGAGGACCUCAAAUAUCUUGUUGACAAGGCACAUAGCUUAGGGUUGCGUGUUCUGAUGGAUGUUGUCCAUAGCCAUGCGAGCAGUAAUAUGACAGAUGGUCUAAAUGGCUAUGAUGUUGGACAAAACACACAGGAGUCCUAUUUCCAUACAGGAGAAAGGGGUUAUCAUAAACUGUGGGAUAGUCGCCUGUUCAACUAUGCCAAUUGGGAGGUCUUACGGUAUCUUCUUUCUAAUCUGAGAUAUUGGAUGGACGAAUUCAUGUUUGACGGCUUCCGAUUUGAUGGAGUAACAUCCAUGCUAUAUAAUCACCAUGGUAUCAAUAUGUCAUUCGCUGGAAAUUACAAGGAAUAUUUUGGUUUGGAUACCGAUGUAGAUGCAGUUGUUUACAUGAUGCUUGCGAACCAUUUAAUGCACAAAAUCUUGCCAGAAGCAACUGUUGUUGCAGAAGAUGUUUCAGGCAUGCCAGUGCUUUGUCGGUCAGUUGAUGAAGGUGGAGUAGGGUUUGACUAUCGCCUUGCUAUGGCUAUUCCUGAUAGAUGGAUUGACUACUUGAAGAACAAAGAUGACCUUGAAUGGUCAAUGAGUGCAAUAGCACAUACUCUGACCAACAGGAGAUAUACGGAAAAGUGCAUUGCAUAUGCUGAGAGCCACGAUCAGUCUAUUGUUGGCGACAAGACUAUGGCAUUUCUCUUGAUGGACAAGGAAAUGUAUACUGGCAUGUCAGACUUGCAGCCUGCUUCACCUACAAUUGAUCGUGGAAUUGCACUUCAAAAGAUGAUUCACUUCAUCACCAUGGCCCUUGGAGGUGAUGGCUACUUGAAUUUUAUGGGUAAUGAGUUUGGCCACCCAGAAUGGAUUGACUUUCCAAGAGAAGGCAACAACUGGAGUUAUGAUAAAUGCAGACGCCAGUGGAGCCUCUCAGACAUUGAUCACCUACGAUACAAGUACAUGAACGCAUUUGAUCAAGCAAUGAAUGCGCUCGACGACAAGUUUUCCUUCCUAUCGUCAUCAAAGCAGAUUGUCAGCGACAUGAAUGAGGAAAAGAAGAUUAUUGUAUUUGAACGUGGAGAUCUGGUCUUCGUCUUCAAUUUUCAUCCCAGUAAAACUUAUGAUGGUUACAAAGUCGGAUGUGAUUUGCCUGGGAAGUACAAGGUAGCUCUGGACUCCGAUGCUCUGAUGUUUGGUGGACAUGGAAGAAUAAUCUUAUUUGCAGUGUUGAUCUGUGCUGCAUCGCAGGUGGCCCAUGACAACGAUCACUUCACGUCACCUGAAGGAGUACCAGGAGUACCUGAAACAAACUUCAACAACCGCCCUAAUUCAUUCAAAGUCCUGUCUCCACCCCGCACUUGUGUGGCUUACUAUCGCGUCGAGGAAAAAGCGGAAAAGCCUAAGGAUGAAGGAGCUGCUUCUUGGGGCAAAGCUGCUCCUGGGUACAUCGAUGUUGAAGCCACUCGUGUCAAAGACGCAGCAGAUGGUGAGGCGACUUCUGGUUCCAAAAAGGCGUCUACAGGAGGUGACUCCAGCAAGAAGGGAAUUAACUUUGUCUUCGGGUCACCUGACAAAGAUAACAAAUAA